UUGUUUUUUAUAAUAUUUAGAGUAAAGUUUCGAGUAUUUUGAGCUGGAUAUACAAUACCCAAAUAUCUUUACUCGUUGCCCACGCACUUAGUGUUACACCUUCUAGAUCACAACUAAACUCACAAAUAUGCUUCGUAAACCGAGACCAGACACCAAGGUAGCCACCCCGCAAAACCUCUCACCUUCAAUGAGCAGAAAAUCGUCCACCAACGAAAAACGAAAGAUUUCCAGAGUACAUCUUGGAAGAAUACAGUUCACCAACGAAGAAAUGGACGUAGAGCCGGACCCAAAUGAGAAGAUCACGCAAUACGAUUUCUUCAUGGCCGCGUCCAGUGGUAAACUGAAAACAGUUCGAAAAUACUUGGACGACGGAGGAGAUGUGAAUACAAAAGACACAUGUAAAAGAACAGCCUUGCACCGAGCAGCACUGUACGAACAAGAGGAGAUCGUCAAACUGUUACUUGAAAGGGGUGCAAAAGUCAAUAGUUCUGAUAAGCUGUCCAACACUCCUUUACACUGGGCAUGUAGAGGAACGAAUUUGGAAGUAGUGAGAAGCCUGCUGAAACACAACGCAAAAAUAAAUACAAAGGAUAUGCUUUUAAACGGACCCUUACACGUUGCCACGAGAGUUGGAUUUGUUGAGUGUGUAGAUUACUUGUUGGAGUGUGGGGCGAAUCUGAACGACAGAGACAGCGAGGGAGACACGCCAAUACAUGAUGCUGUGAGACUUGGACGGCCGAAGGUUGUGAGGACUCUUGUUUUGCAUGGAGCUAAUAUGGAAAUGAAGAACAAGACUGGAAAAACUGCUGUCGACAUGGUACAGGCGUGGUACAAUAAUACAAAGCAAGCGCUGGCUAUGGCUGAAGCAGAACGAGAGAGAAAAGGACUGGACGCGGAGAAAUUGGCAAUGGAGCUGCAAAAUGUACAGUGUGAAACUAGCGGAGAGGCGUCGGAUGUUGAUAGCGAUAAGUCGGCAUCGUUGGACGAUGAAGCCAAGGAUAAGGUUUCGCCUCUUGGUUUGAAGCUUGACUUGAACUGCAUUGACGACAAGUCCUUGGACAAGAUUGAGGAGGUGAUGACGCCUUCGGAGGAGGAUUUGAAGAACUUCCCGUCAUCCAGGAGAGGUUCAAGACUCAUCAUCUUCCAGAAGCACAACAGCAAGCCAUCGAGCCCAACAGUAGAGGGCGCUGAAACUCCAUGAGGAGAGAAGUAAUUGGGGUUCGUAAAAAGCCAAAAGCACCGAUGAUGAAUUUGUCAGAAAAGAUAAAUAAAAAUGUGCUCAGUUUGGUAUCGUAGUGUGGUAUCUUAUUGUUACUGCGUUUGUCGUUUUUUUACCUAUAUAUAAAGAUAGAGAUUGCGAAAUAUUUUCCAACGUGACUUGCCCUACAGUUAAUGCAACUUUCUUCGUUCUUUACUCUUUCAGUUUGUAAAUAACACUCGUGCAUGCUUCUUAAAAAUAACUAAAAAAAUGAAAAGACUUUCGCCUACUUUUCAUUAAAUUAAAGGUAUGUGAUACGAAACUGUAAUCUGGUUCUUUUUUAUAAAUGCCAGCUACGGCUAAAUGUAUUUAAAAGCACCAAGGAGACAUAUCACAACUAUGUUGGCUUUAACAGAAUCAUCUAUCUGUAUCUAAUGGAAAUGAAGCGCAUAAAUACACUUGUUCAUAUUCAA